AUGGCGCACGCAGCUCGGACUCGUUUCCCAGCACGGCCUUGGAAAAAAUCAGGACGCUUGCGUAUCCUGGGCUUAAAAAAGGAUCUAAAACAUGGUUUCGACGCCGCAUUGCCCGUUUCCGUCGCUAUCAGCAAAAACCUUCACAAGUUUCACGAACUCUUCGGAGAAGCCAGCAGCAGUGAGGAAGAACAGUUUUUGGGUUUCUGUUCUGAUGACAUCACUGUACGAAGCCCUACAAGGUGUCACUUCAGAUCCCCACGAGUUGAAUCUCAAAGGAAGCUUCGGGGAAGACAACGAACAUUUUCUUCACAAAGUUCAGAUGUAUUAUCAGAUUCGUCUUUCACAUUUUCACUUUCAGACAAACUUGAAUCGAAGCUUGUUGAGAAAGAAAAGAUACAAGAAUUGAACUGUAGCAAAAGGAAGAGAGGUCGGCCUCCAGUGUUAAGUAGUCCAAAGCUUCAUAUUACGGAAGAUACGAAAGAAGUAACAAAUGGGAAAAUGGAGAAACAAAGAAAUGAAAAUGAAAAAGUGGUGAAGAAGCAUGCAUUGUUGCAGGUGACAAAAGUAAAGAAACUAAGAGUAGUCAAAGUGUCUCCUUUGCAGUCCAAAUUAAAGAAAGCUAAACUACAGAUUAAUAACAUUGUGGGAAAGACUGAACGAAGGAGAGGAAGACCACCGUCUUCAGAGCAAUUGAAGACUGUUUCAAAACUCCUUGUUCCAGCACAAACCAAGAAACAAAAAAGCUUACGUAAGGAGAAAGAUGGAACACCAACACAGAAAUUACCUGUGAUAAAAGAGAUUAAGUCUACUGUCAGACGGGCACCCCGGAAGAUAACCAAACCCGUGAGAAUUGUUCCUGUCACAAAAAGGACUGAUGCAGCUAUUGCAAAACAACUUUUGCAGAGAGCUAGAAAAGGAGCUCAGAAACGCAUGGCUUCCCCUCAGCCGAAAAAUAUUCGUCAGUUUAUCAUGCCAGUUAUCAGUGCCAUUUCUUCAAGGAUAAUUAAAACGCCAAAACGAUUUAUUGAAGAUGAUAGCUAUAUGCCUCCUGUCAAAGCACCCCGCCUAGAGUCAACUCCAACUAGUCGGUUCAGCUUAGUGUCUUGUGAGUCUAGUGAGAAAUCCAGUGCUGUUUCACAUCAAUCUUCCCAAAUCUCUUCUGAUUCUUCAAGAUCGAGCAGCCCCAGUGUUACUUCCACUGAUUCACAGAUAUCUGAUGAACUGCAGACUCUUUCUGAAGUAACAGCUCAGUCAAGUAAUUUGCAGAGUUGCUUAAAUGCCCCAGAGUUAAGUGAACCAGGAGGCACAGAUAAAAAUGGUCUCAGAUUCACAAUGUCAGAAAGAAACAAUAUUACAACAAGCAAGAAAUUGCCAACUUCUUCACCGCAGCCAACAUCCUCCUCGCCUCCACCACCUUUGCUUUCUCCGCCAACCCUGCAGCAAACUUCAAACAUAACUGAUCAUUCUCCCUGGCUGAUGCCUCCAAACAUACCAUUCAUUUCCCCACCAACAGGUUUGCCAGAAAAACGAAAGUCUAUCUUAAGAGAGCCAACAUUCAAGUGGACGUCUCUCAAAAAUCUGAGGCCAGAAUCGCAUCAGUACUUCUCUUCAGCAAAGUAUGCCAAAGAAGGACUUAUUCGUAAACCAGUAUUUGAUAACUUCAUAACAUCACCCUUAACUCCGGAAGAUGUUGGCUUGUCAUCCAAGUUUCAUUCAUCUUCUAGCUCAACACAACUGCGAUUUUUUUCUUCGCUUCAUCCUACUUCUAGGUUUGAUACUCAUAAGAGAAGUCCGCUGCUUCGUGCUCCACGAUUCACUCCAAGUGAAGCCCACUCCAGAAUUUUUGAGUCUGUUACUGUAAUACCAAGCAAUCUGGUUCGAUCUUCAGUUUCUGCCUUGGAUAAAGGGAAUUCUUCCAAAAAGAACAACAAAGAGUUGCAUAUUUCAAACCGUUUUGAGCCAAAAUCUCCAUCACACUCCAUGAGAACCAGAAGUGGAAGACUGAUUUCUGCAGAUGUAUCACCCAUCACUCUACAGACUCCCGUAACAUCCUCAUCUGUAAGCUCCGUUCUGACUGGUGCCCUAACUCCUGCUGUUGGUGCUUUGGUGCAGCCUGAAAGUGCAGGAAAAGAUUGCAGAACAAAACUCAUGGCUCAAUCAACCAGCAGUCCAGGGGAGAGCUUCUCUGCAGAUUCCGCAAACCCAAAACCUCCGUUGUUUCCAUCACUAGCACCCAGUACUCAAAAAGACAAAGGUAAAAGCAAAGACAAGCAAACUGGAGAAAUAUUCAAAGAAAGAGAUUCUGAGAAAGGGUUAGAGAAAGACAGAGAGAGAGAUAAGGAAAAGGAAAAUAAACGUGAGACAAGGAAGGAAAGGGAAAAAAAGUUACAGAGCAAGGGAUUAGAACAUCAAGAGAGUCCUGCAUUGUUCCUUUUCUCAGUCACAGUGGAUGAUGACCAGAUUCUUCCAGAGGAUGUGGCUGCUUCAUCUUCAAUAAAAAAAGUUUCACGGAGAGUCAAAAGGACAAAUUCAACUGAUAAAGCUGCGGGGGGUGUGGGGGAUGCCCUUUCCUCAACAUUGUCUGAUGGGAAGAAUAAAAAUGCAAAGAAAGGUAGACCAGGAGCUGAAGAGAUGGUGCUGGUAACUGCUGGGACAGAAGACAGUGUAGCUGCAUCCACCGGCAGUAAAGGCAAUCCUCCUCGACAUUCUUCUGUCACUUGCAUGCUGUCAUCUGGCACUCUGAAGCAUUCUGCUCCCGCUAUUAGUAGCAUGCUUACUCAAGCAGAUAAAAUGACAACAACUGAUAAACGAGUGGCAAAUCUUUUAAGAAAGGCUAAAGCACAGCUUUGCAAGAUUGAGAAGAACAAGUCAUUAAAGUUUGUUAGCCCAACAAAAUCUCAGGGUCAAGAAAGUGAUUCAUCAGAAACAGCAAUAUCAGGUCCUCGGAUAAAACAUGUUUGCAGGCGGGCUGCCGUUGCACUUGGUCGGAAAAGGGCGGUGUUCCCUGACGAUAUGCCUACUCUGAGUGCCUUGCCAUGGGAGGAGCGAGAAAAGAUACUAUCUUCAAUGGGAAAUGAUGAUAAAUCAUCAGUAGCUGGAUCAGAGGAUGCUGAACCAUUAAAAUCAGUGAUUAAACCAGUGGCUAAGCACAAAGUCGCACAGGAGCCUAUUGUUCGAAAAGGAAGGAGGUCACGUAGGUGUGGGCAAUGUUCAGGUUGUCAAGUUCCAGAUGACUGUGGCCAGUGUACAAAUUGCUUGGAUAAGCCCAAGUUUGGUGGCCGAAAUGUGAAAAAACAAUGCUGCAAAAUUCGAAAGUGUCAAAAUCUUCAAUGGAUGCCUUCUAAAGUACCUCCUCCAAAACCGGUUAACAAAGUGAAGAAAAAGGAAAAGAAAACAAAAAUACAAGAAAAAAAGGAGGUUUCAACAGAAAAGCAGCACAUCGACACCGGCCAUAAGAACUCUUCACAGAGCAUUUCACAAGAUCACCUGCAGAAAGUAAACCUUGUUCCUCAUCAACAGAAUGAGCCACAGUCUGAGGAGGGCAGCUUCUCUACACCUUCUGAAACUCAACAACAAGCUACAUUGGUUUCACCUGUCUGGAAGCCUAGCAAACAAGUUCCACAGACACUUGAACCCAUCAUGCCUCUGCAGUCAGGUCACAUGCAAUUAAAGAACGAAUCAACCAAACCUAUGCUGCAUGACUCAAAGAGAAAACAGUCACUGCAAACAGAAUCAGUACUAGAGCUGAGCAAGCAGAAGAAACCCCCAGCUCGUUUCAAUAUUCAGUUAAAAACAAAAAAGCCAAAGGAAAAGGACAAUGCCAUUCCUGUCACUAAGUUUGAACCCAGUACUCUGAAUUUGCUCACCACGUUCACAAAUGUCUGUGGAAAACAGAAGCCAGUGGCAGAUGGUGUCCACAGGAUAAGAGUGGAUUUCAAGGAAGACUGUGAUUUGGAAAAUGUGUGGGAAAUGGGUGGACUUAGCAUCCUGACUUCUGUACCCAUCACUCCCAGGGUGGUGUGCUUCCUUUGUGCUAGCAGUGGACAUGUUGAGUUUAUUUACUGUCAGGUGUGCUGUGAACCCUUUCACCUUUUCUGCCUGGAGGAGAAUGAGCGCCCCCUGGAGGAACAGUGGGAGAACUGGUGCUGCCAGCGCUGCAAGUUCUGCCAUGUUUGUUGCCGACAAAAUAAAUUCUCAAAGCAGCUUCUUGAAUGCGGCAAAUGCCGGAAUAGCUAUCAUCCGGAGUGUCUUGGACCAAACUACCCAACAAAACCAACUAAGAAAAAGAAGGUCUGGAUAUGCACCAAAUGUGUAAGAUGUAAGAGCUGUGGAGCUACAAUGCCAGGGAAAGACUGGGAUGCACAGUGGUCGCAUGAUUUUUCUUUAUGUCAUGAAUGUGCAAAGCUUUUUGAUAAAGGAAACUUCUGCCCGCUCUGUGAUAAGUGCUACGAUGAUGAUGAUUAUGAGAGCAAAAUGAUGCAGUGUGGAAAAUGUGAGCGUUGGGUUCAUGCAAAGUGUGAAAGCUUAUCAGAUGAGAUGUAUGAAAUCUUGUCAAAUCUUCCAGAAAAUGUGGCAUACACAUGCAUAAAUUGCACAGAGCAACAUCCUGCAGAAUGGCGUCAAGCACUAGGCAAGGAACUGCAGAUCUCUUUAAAGCACGUCUUGACCGCAUUGCUAAACUCUAGAACAACCUGUCACUUGUUACGAUACAGGCAGGCAGCUAAACCACCUGACUUAAAUCCUGAGACUGAAGAAGUGGUCCUUGCUAGGAGCUCACCAGAAGGCCCUGAUCCUCCAGUUCUUACAGAAGUAAACCAACAAGAUGAACAACCUCUUGAUCUGGAAGGUGUAAAGAGGAAAAUGGAUCAGGAGAGAUACCAUUCAGUGCUACAGUUCAGUGAUGACAUUGUGAAGAUCAUCCAAACAGCAAUGAACUGUGAUGGAGGGCAACCUGAAAACAAAAAAGCCAAUAGCAUGGUUAAGGCUUUCUUUAUACGGCAAAUGGAACGAUUCUUCCCUUGGUUUAGUGUGAAGGAGUCCAAGUUCUGGGAGCCUAAUAAGAUCACCCUAAAUAGCGGAAUGCUUCCCAAUGCUGUGCUGCCACCAUCAUCUGAUCACAAUUAUGCCCAGUGGCAAGAGAGGGAUGACAGCACAUAUACUGAACAACCAGCACUUACUAAGAAGAUUAUACCUGCACCACAGCCAAAAGGACCAGGAGAUCCAGACUCACCAGUGCCUGUGCCUCCACCACUGCUUGCAAUAACAGCUGAUUCAGAAAGAAAUCAAGAGGAGAGCCCCGAUAUUGAUCCACCUCCAGAUAUUGAAGACAACAGGCAGUGUGCACUUUGCCUAAAGUAUGGAGAUGACAACAAAAAUGAUGCUGGACGUCUUCUGUAUAUCGGCCAGAAUGAAUGGACACACAUAAACUGUGCCUUGUGGUCAGCAGAAGUUUUUGAGGAUGAUGAUGGCUCAUUGAAGAAUGUCCAUAUGGCUGUUAUCAGAGGCAAACAACUGCGCUGCGAAUGUUGCCAGAAAGCUGGAGCUACUGUUGGCUGCUGCCUUUCAUCUUGUCAGAGCAACUAUCACUUCAUGUGUGCUCGAGCAAAGAACUGUGUGUUCCUGGAUGACAAGAAAGUAUACUGUCAGCUGCAUAAAGAUCUGGUCAAGGGAGAGACUGUGGCUGAGGAUGGAUUUGAGGUUUUAAGAAGGAUUUUUGUUGACUUUGAAGAUAUUACUUUAAGAAGGAAAUUUCUAACAGGCAUGGAGCCAGAGAGUAUCCACAUGAUGAUUGGUUCUAUGACAAUAGAUUCUUUGGGAAUACUGAACGAUCUUUCUGACUGUGAAGCAAAACUGUUUCCCAUUGGCUAUCAGUGCUCAAGGGUAUACUGGAGCACAACUGAUGCUAGGAAGCGAUGUGUAUACACAUGUAAGAUCCUGGAACACAGACCUCCCCCUGUGGAAGCAGAAGAAAACAGCACUUUAGAGCACAGUGAUAACAGAACCGUGGCACAUAGUCCAAGCAGCCCCAUUGAAGUUGACACAACAGAGAAUCAAAACACACAUUCACCUGAAAUGUCAGAUCGUCAUCCAAUCUCUCAUGGAUCUGGGCCAAUACAUCCUAGAUUGCAGCCUGGAAGUAGGACUGACAUAUCUAGUUUUUCCUUGUCUCGUCGAUCCACAAGCACAGGUUCAAGGCCCCUUCCAUCACCAGGGAGCCCCACAGCAGUGAUUCAUGAGAAAGUCACAUUUGCUGAUGCCUUACUAUCAUCAGGGAGACAGGGUACCAUUUCUAGGAGACAUAGUACAACUUCGGUAUCUCCCCAACAUUCCAGGCACAGGAUGGCUUCUUCCCAAAUGGGCGCAGGAUGUGUAAGAUCAAGUGGUAAUAUCGAUACAUCUUCACUGACCUCCCUCAGUUUAUCAUUGGAUACACAUCCAGGAAGCCAAUUUGGUGAAACUUUUUGUAAAGCACUUCAGUCAGACAAACUUGGUAAUCUAUUGCAAGUUCAUACAGAUCCUUCCAGCUACCAGCAAAUUGGUAGUGCUGAUUCCAUUCCUGUACACCAUUCAGGGGAUUUUUAUACAUUUACAGACGACGCUUUACAGACGAACAGAACAGAGCCAAUAUGUACCGGGAGUUCUAAAGAGUGUUUUCCAACUUUAUCUGCUAACCACUCUGCAACUGAGACCAAUCUUUCUGAAUGUAUGCUAGAUGGUUUAGUGACAAUGUCAGAAUUACCGCUGACACCUACAGCCUCAGUUCCCAGAGUAACAGCAUCAUGUACAAUACAAAAAGAAGCACAAAACAACAGUGCAUUGCUUACAAAUUCUAAUCCACUGACACCACUCUCCAAAGAAACAAAAACUUACAUGUUAUCUUUUCAACAAAAGGAUUCUAGCAGAUCAAAUGAGCAGUCCAAGGAACUUGUGCAUGCAGGAAAAUCAAGCAAGGAGCACUUGCACAGUCAAGUCACUGAAGGAACGAGGGUACAGUCUGCUGGAGCUAGCCCUACUGUGACUACGGGAAAUGAAUACCCUUGGCCAAACUGCCCAGAAAAAACACCAAUUACUAAAGUGUGCUCAGCAGAUUUUCUGAGAAACAAUAGAGUACAAACAGGAAGGCAUUUUGAAGGAAGCCCAUGUUCCAAUUCUGCUGCAGAUCAAAAGGUUAAUCCAGAAGUAUCCAACAACUUGUUACUUGGACUGAUUGAGAACACUCAAACUAUAGGAGAACCUAGAAAUAUAUUUAAUGACAAGUCUGCUGACACUAAACGUUAUCGCCCUGCAAGUAUUAGUGAAGGGAUCCAUCCCCCAUCUAAUAAGAUCCAGCCUGAUACUCACAAAAAAGAAAUGCGUACUUCACAAAAACAAGAAAUUCAGGGAUAUUUAGAAUCUGAUUACCAAGUGGGUAAGGAUCCUGAUGAAAAUCUGGUCUCAUCCUUGUCGGCCAGUUCUCAGGAAAAUAAUGAGCUGUCAUCCUCUGUUAUGUCACCUUCAUUGUCAGGAAGUCCAGAAAACAAGCAGGAAAAUCUGAGGUGUCCAAAGUGCAAAAAGGUCUACAAACAAAGGGUGAAGAAUCUGUUUCAAAAGCACGUCCUGCAGUGUGGAAGUGAGACUCUGCAGGAAGAUGGUGAUGGGAACAAAACUCAAGUCAAUGAUUCAAACAAAAGGAGGUAUCCCCGACGAAGUGCCCGUGCACGCUCAACUACUUUUUUUGGGCUGACUCCCUUUUAUGGUGUAAAAUCGUACGGUGAAGAAGAUUUUCCAUUCUAUCGCAAUCCUGGGAAAAAACGAGGAGAGCAGUCAGCUCAAGGACAGAUAGAUGGAGCUGAUGAUCCAAGUACCUCGUCUGAUGAAGAUGUUGAAUACUAUUACAAUUUCACAAGAACAGUUAUCACAUCUGAUAGUGAAGGAAGACUUGAGCCAUGCACUUUCUUUGAUGGUGAGGAAGAUUGCCACAUACCCAGGAUAAGUCAGCUUGAUGGUGUUGAUGAUGGCACAGAAAAUGAUGUUAAUGUAACCACAACAGCAGGGAAAGCAACAGAGAUAAACAAAUUAAAAUCCAAAGAAAAUGGAACUGAAAGCCUAGAUCUUGAAGGAGUAAUUAACAGUGGUACUGUUGAUGCAAAGGAGAAUCAUGGUAUUAAUUCAGAUUCUGAUCCAAAAGGUAAUGAUUCAAAAUUAGAUAACUGCCUUUCACUGAGCAGAGUGAAGUUGCGGGGCCAAGACUCCCUAGGGGAGGUUUCUCUUGCCUCAUUAGACACUCCAAGACGAGACCACUCCAGCACACCUUCUGAGAAGAAUUUGCUGGAUAAUUUCAGUACAGACUUGUUGAAGGCAGCUAAUGAUUCAGAUAAUAAUAACAGUGAUGACUGUGGCAAUAUUCUCCCAUCUGACAUUAUGGACUUUGUUCUGAAGAAUACCCAGUCUAUGCAAGCACUAGGAGAAAGCCCAGAGUCAUCAUCUUCUGAACUUAUAACACUGAGUGAGGGUUUAGGUUUGGUUAGUAACAGAGGAAAGGACAUGGGUAGUCUGUUUGAAGUGUUUUCCCAGCCGUUGCCUAGCACAGAACCUGUAGAAAGUGUUGUCUCAGCCUCCAUUCCCACUGAGGAGCCAUUUGAAUUGCCCCUUGAGUUGCCGUCAGACCUUUCGGUUUUAACAACGUGCAGCCCAACUGUUUCUAACCAAAACCAUGGCAGCCUGACUGUUAUUUCAACAGCCCAUCUGACACCAUCAGAAGAUCAAUCAGUACUAAAUUUACCUGCCUCUGAGACGAUGGAAAAGCGGGUGACGGUGACUGGGGAGAAAUCCGUGACAAGGAAUGAAUCUGAAGUGUCCUUGUUAGGGAAUCAAGUGGACUCAUCUGGAGAAAGUCAUAUGGCAUCAGAUCAGUUCAUGCAAAGCCACAUAGAUACUGAUGAGCUAACUUCACCAACCUGCACUCAGGUAGAACAAGGACUUAACAACCAUAACCUGGCAGAGGUUGUUGCAAGCUCUCCAAUUAUCCUUGCAGUAUCUGUUUCACCCUCCAUGCUACCCCAAGGUCAGAAAUAUGUCACGAGUCCAGAUUCCAUCGCAAGUUCCACAACCGAGACUGCAACACCACUCCCUAAACCAGGAACUGAAAAUGUCAUUGUCGUCAACCAACAUGGACAGCCGUUGUAUGUUCUCCAGACAUUUCCCAGUGGAGUUACACAAAAAAUAAACCUAACACCUUCAUUAGGAACUGCACAAGCAUCUGUAGAGGCCAACAACACAAUUCUUGGGCGUAAUAUUUCUGUGGGAUGUAGCCCAGUUUUGGCAACUGGUUUAAAUGUUAGCUUGCCAGCUUCACAGUCGACAUAUACUUCUACUAGCAUGACCAACAGCAAUGGGUUAAUGACUUUAUCACAACACCCUCAGUUACAUUCCUUUGUGGGAUCUCCCUUGUCAGCAUUUCAGCCCAACAAUGACAUCUCUCCCUCCAGCCUCCUUAUUGGGGUCCAGUCGCCUCAGGAUCCUCAGCUCAUAAGUUCAGAGCCCAAUCGGAGGCCAGAGCUUGUCACUGCCAUCACCUCUAAUCCAGGAACCAUUCAAGUCAAGAAAAAGCCAAUAAACCGGCUGCCUUCUAAAAAGGGGAAGAAACUAGUACCAGCAUACCAGCAAACUUCAAGCUGUUCAGAAAUUGUUCCUAACAUGACUUCAGCAAACUUCUCACCAUCACAAGUCCCUGGAGCGGUCACCAACCAGUCAGGAUUAGUGGAUUUAGGAGCACUUGCAAACACAGGACCCCAGCGAACAAUUCCAAACAUAAUCAAGCGUCCAAAAUCUGCUGUGAUGUAUUUUGAGCAAGCACCUUUAGUUAUGCCUCAGCUUCAGCAAACACUGGGGGUAGUUGGUUCCACAAACAUUACUGGUCCAGAAAGCACUCAGUUAGCAGCUGGAAAUGUGUCAGAAUUGGGAUCAGGCCAAUCUGUUGUAAAUGUUGUAUCUAUGCAUGCAACAACAACAGCAACCAGUGCUGCUGCUGUAACUGGGCAUAUUUUGGGUCAAAGUUCAGUCACCUUAGCUGCUCCCAUGUUACUAGGGACGACAGAUAUCACUGGCUCGGUAAGCAAUCUAUUAAUCAAACCUAGUCAACAGAGUUUAGGACUUUCAGAUCAAGCUGUGUCACUGCCCAGAACAGGAAUACUUCAACAUCUAGGACCAUCACAAAACCCUAACAAUGGACCCCUAUCUCCAACACAGAGCAUAUGCCUACUGCCUUCCACCUCAACAGGCAUUCUACCAGUUGUACCAAGUCCACCCAACCUGGAAGGGAAUUGUCAACUCCACCAUCAAGGUACUCAACUAUCACCAAGCAAAUGUGUAGCAACAACUGUCCAUUUAGAUGCUGUUUGUAUUUCAGGUGGCCAGCUAUCAGCUACCACAUUAAGUGUGUCUUCUAGUGUCAUGAGCAAGUCAGUUGUAUUUUCAAACACCACCAUGGACCAGUCUCUUGUCAGUAGUGUGCCUUUAGUAUCUCCAGAUUCUCCAAGAACCAAGCCCAGAGUAAAACGGAUAUCAUCUUGUUCUGACAAAGCAAGCUAUAAAAAGCACAAGGUGUUGCAUGUCAUGAAUGAAUCCUGUGAAGGUCAUCAAGAUAUUCUGGAGUCUGAUGUGGCCAAUGUGUCCCUAUCCUCUAGUGCAUGUCAAAUGGAACACACAUCAGUUUUGCAGCCCUUGGUAUCAGUGAACACAGCAACCUCAAAUACAGAAGGACAAGAUGACUUUGUCACUGAAUGUAAAAGUUCAGAUGAUGAUGACACCUUCACUUCUCCACUACUUGCUUUGCUUGAGCAAGAAGAAAGGAGAAGAGAGAUCAGGAGUGAGAAGAAAUCAAGCAAAGGCCUCCUAUUUCAAAUCACGAGUGAUGAUGGAUUUCAGAUCCAGUGUGAUAACAUUGAAGAAGGGUGGAAGGUGUUAACCGAUAAAGUGCAGGAAGCUCGAACUAAUGCCCGUCUGAAGCACAUAUCAUUUUCUGCGAUAAAUGGCCAGAAAAUGUUGGGCAUUUCCCAUGAUGCAGUGGUGUUCCUGAUUGAACAGCUUUAUGGUGCAAAACGUUGCAAGAAUUACAGCUUCAAAUUCCAUAAACACCAGGAAGUAGAUGAGCUUCCUAUCAAUCCACAUGGUUCAGCAAGGGCUGAAAUACACCAAAGGAAGUCAGCAUUUGAUAUGUUCAAUUUCUUGGCUUCAAAACAUAGGCAGCCACCAGAUUAUUGUCCCAAUGAGGAAGAGGAAGAGGAAGUGCAGCUAAAAUCAGCACGACGGGCAACCAGCAUGGAUCUUCCUAUGGCCAUGCGAUUCCGCCACUUGAAAAAAACAUCAAAAGAGGCCGUUGGUGUCUACUGGUCACCAAUCCAUGGACGGGGUCUUUUUUGUAAGCGAAACAUUGAUGCAGGUGAGAUGGUCAUCGAAUAUUCGGGUACUGUCAUUCGAUCUAUCCUCACAGACAAACGAGAGAAAUAUUAUGACAGCAAGGGAAUUGGCUGCUACAUGUUCCGUAUUGAUGAUUAUGAGGUGGUGGAUGCCACAAUGCAUGGAAAUGCAGCUCGUUUCAUCAACCAUUCUUGUGACCCCAACUGCUAUUCCCGUGUGAUAAAUGUGGAUGGGCAAAAGCACAUUGUUAUUUUUGCUGUACGAAAGAUCUAUCAAGGUGAAGAGCUGACAUAUGAUUACAAGUUCCCAAUUGAAGAUGCUAGCAACAAACUUCCGUGUAACUGUGGAGCAAAGAAAUGCAGGAAGUUCUUGAACUGA